CUUGUCAGGAGCUGUCCCCGCUCGUGAUACAUAAGCCGCCCUCCAACUCGAAGCAGGGGUGGGAAGGAACCUGGCUGACAGCCACCAUCGGACUCUAAAUUACUAAGGAUCAAGUAACGUUCCACCCAAAUCAUGCCUCCGCACUACUUCAAAUCAGGAAAGUCGGACUGGAUACCUGCCCCGUGUCAGAAAACGAGACUCGAUGGACUACACAAUUGGAUCUCGUUUCUCGAUGAAGCUAUGUCAGUAAUAAAUUCAGUUAUGUAGGCUGUCAGCAUCUGCCCUCCAGAUGCCGUUGCUUCGGGUCAGCGAUCAUUGGUCCGCUGGCCAACAGCAAGGUGUUGCUUUGACCUUCUCUGGGCGAUCUCUGGGUUUUAGCAAGGUGGACUUGUCUAGCUACCGUUGCAUUCUUAAAUGCGGCGGCGACUCAAACGUCUUUUGUUCCACAUACCUUCACAUUCUCUGUCCUUCCUCGCUCUCAUCGGCCCUGCAAAACCAUGGAAAGCAAGCCGUUCUCUUUACUACUCGAUUCACUUACGAUAUUGAGGACGUCAUCCGUACUGCCCUCUCAUAGUCCACCCCAUGCACAAGGUUGUCAUCUGGAUCACACACAUCAUGGUACAGCACCCUCGUAUGGCUCUGAGGACAUUGAAGUCCAAGAACUAGAAUACACCCUGUCUUCACGCGAUGGUUGUACUUCCCUUGCCUCCGAGGCUCGCCUACCGUCCCCAAUCACUUCCAACGUGGAUUUCUUAACACCUCGCCAGCGAAGGCUGCAGUUGCCAAGCUAUCCGAUACUGCCCACUCCAUUCCUAUACCGCAAUUUGGACAUCACAAAUACCCGUGUUAAUCAUCUAAUUAGAUAUCAAAAUAAUGCGCGGGUUGCAUCACCCUUGGACAAUGAAGCUUUUCCCUCGGUCCCUCAUGCUCGCACUCCAGCACAGACGACUGAGGCUCCGAUCUACGAUGACCAUCCUCUCUUAUCAUCGCAAACUCCCCCCCAGGAACACGGUGGUCAUCGCACUGGUCACCCCGUUCCUCUGCACCAGCGCUCCGUCGCGAUCCCAAUCGUUCAGGCUCAUAUACCCUUCCAGGCGGACUACGUCGCGUACCACCCCUCUAGUCAUAUAGCACACUCUGAUGCUUCACUUUUACCACCACCCAACGCCACUCCGUCGUCGCGCACAACGGGACGCUCGAUGGGGUACUCGCGGGGCAACGAAAACAUUCCAGAGUGUGAGGUGCCACUAUUCGCUUACCAUGCCUCCGCGGGACCUACGAUGGGCCCGAUCUCCACUCCCCUUUUUUGUGAUCACACUUCACUCCAGUUUGAUAGCUGGGCGGAGGAUCGUGAGGGAGCAACCUGGAGCGGUAGUGCAUUAGGCCCGGUAAUUGAGUCGGGGAUACCGCGGUGGGCGCCUACAAACCCGAUUAUACCUGCAACUGGGGAGCUGUUUCCCUCAGACUACUUGGGUAGUGAGAACAUCCAAACAUGCACGGAGCCGUCAAUUUCUUUCGGUUCCUGUGUUGGUAUAACCACGAAUACGAUGGCGACAGGUAUCAUCCACGACCCCGCCAUGAACAUGACCUCUGGCCGUGUUGACGAUUAUGGGAGAGUGAAGGCAACGACUCAGUCUUAUCGUCAUCUGAACUCAGACAUAUCUGCGUCUCUCUGCGAACUGCAUACAUUCGAACGCUUACCCCAUGCUGGUGGCAGGAACUGUACAGUGCCUUCGGGACCGCAAACGGCAGACCGUCCUUAUGAGAAGACGACAGGGGUACGUCAGGCUCGCAUAGCCUGUGGCUGGAUUAAGCCGGAUGGGAUGGUUUGCAACAAGCCAAUUAGUUACCACUGCGAAAGUCAUUUCGCUACUGCACAUGGCAUCACGAACAUGUCAUCGGAAGCCAGGGUCCGAUGCCGUUGGUGUCCUCUAGGCGUGCAAAAAGAAAUGAACCGAAAAGGUUUCAUCAGACACGUGAGGGAGGCACACAUGAAGUACCAGCGUUCGAAAAACAAAAGACUCGCGCACCUUUUAAAACGUCAGGAACAGUUCUCCCCCUCUCCUGUGAUCACAUAGGGUGCGGUAACCCUCGGACCACUUCCUUUCCGUGAUUGUUGUUGCUUGCUCGCGCAACCAAGAUUUCGAAACCGUUUUCCCUCGCGAGCCGCUGUACUAUCUGAUGGGCCACAUCACCUGCGUGGCGCUUGUCCUGCAAUCGGUCUCACUCGCGUUUAUGUGAUGUCCAUCCCCCCCCCCCUCCGUGGAUGCCUCCUCAUAUCCUUAUCUUACCUUUCAUUGCUUGUCUUGCGUGUGCCAUUAUUCCACGCUCAUUGUGUUCGUCUUCUGCUUUGUGUUCUUUCAUCGUGUUGUAUCCCCCGCUGUCGACCACAAGGGUCAUCCGUGUAUUAUAGCGUACCUGCUGUUCAUAUCCUGCCUUUUCUAACGGGUAUAGUGACAUUAGAAAAACU